AGCCAUUCAUUGGCUCAGAAGUUCCGGCUUUCGAUCCCGCCAGCUCCGAUGGGCGUUGGUAUGGACGGCCUCAUGGACCUGGACUUGAAGCUGGGCGAGGAACUGGGACGCGGCGGCUUCGCCACGGUCUUCCAGUGCUCGCAAGGCACGCAAGGCAGGGACCUGGUGGCAAAGGUCUUCAAGGAGGACGCAAAAGGCGCAGAGCUCGCGGUCCACGAGGAGCGGAUGCUGGCCAUGGGGAAGGGUCACCCCAACCUUUUGCAGUCCUACGGCCUCUUCAGGUCUCGGCGGAGCACCUCGGCGCCCGGGAUGCUGCCCGUUGGGGAUGCGCUGCUGCUGGAACGCUGCGACGCGCCUCUGAAAAGCUUCUUCGGCAGCGUCCGCUUUAGCGACGCGCAGGCGAAGUUCGUAGCUUCUUCAGUGCUGCAGGGCCUGGCACAUUUACACCAGCUCCGCAUCAUCCACAGGGAUGUGACGCCCUCCAACAUCAUGGUGGCGGAUUGCGGGGAGCGCAUCGUGCUGGGGGACUUGGGGCUCGCUGCCUUUCUGCCCGAGGGCUCGGACUUUGUGCUGGGCCGCUCCGGCACCCCAGGCUUUCUGGCGCCGGAGUGUUAUGAGAGGAGCGUCCAGGGCUGCUGCAGCGACAUCUUCUCCUUAGGCGCAGUCCUCUACGAGUUGCUCUUUUCGGUGCCCGCCUUCAGGCGAUCCUCCGGGGUGGAGACGAUCCUGGCUACAAAGCUGGGCCAACUCCCUUUGGAGCCCUGCGGUCUUGCGGUGGGCCGCAGCGACCAGUGCUGCCGCCUGCUCCGCAGGAUGCUGGCCACGGAAUCUUCGGAACGGCCCUCCGCCAGCGAGGCUUUAACCAGCCCUUGGCUGGAGUGCAAGGACGAGACGUUGAACAACAUGGUGAUCACCUGCACCACCCGCACGCACACGAGGUCGUCGCACCGCUGGGCCUCAGAAGAGACGUCCUACGAGCAGGCGCCGAAGCCCAAGACAAAAGGACGCAUCACGUCCGCAGCGAGAGGUGCCCGAGUGGCAGUCGCAUCAGCUCUUGGGGCCUCGGCCCAGCGCGCGCGGCGAUUCUUGGGAAUAAAAGCUUCCAAGGUGGAGCGAUUUCAUGGCGUCAUGGGGUGAUGCCAAGAAGUGGGGGGCAGGGCCAAAAAGCCGCGAGUGUGAUCAACUGCCGUGCACAGUGUAGAUCAGAACUUUUUGAACGAUUUGCUGCCAGGGCUGCAAGCUACAACAUGUACCACCAAGGCCCGAGCAGAACAGUUUUGUGACCGAGCCUUGCAAGCCAGCGCUUGCAGCGUUUUUUGUUUUUCGAUGACUCCCUCCCAAUUGCAGGACCUCAGUCAAAGGCCCUUCAGUUGAGGAUGAUGGCUUCCUUGCCUACAUCAAGGCUGCCGCACAUGCAUUCGCACACGUUAACAGGGCGAGGGCCGGCCCCUCAUCCCCUGUAUCAAUCAUUGUUUACUGGGACGUGGUUCACGUCCCCCUGGCUGCCUGGCUGGAACUGCUGAACUUG